UCUUAAUCUAAUUAAUUAUAACGAGUAUGAAUCAUGAAUGUAUGAUGUUGUACGACUAGCUGUUUCUGUCUCUUCUUUCUCUCUCUUCUCCUCUUCUUUUCUUGGCGCUUUCUCUCAAUCUUCUUGAGAGUCGCCAAUGGCGACGACAACACAAGGAGCUAGUGGCCCUCCGCCGAAACCUUGGGAAAGAUCUGGAUCGUCAUCUGGUCCAGCGCCAUUUAGACCCCCUUCAGCUGGUACUACAAGUGAUGUCGUAGAAGCUUCUGGGACUGCAAAGCCUGGAGAAAUCGUUUCAACUUCUGAUCGAAAUAAUACUGUUAACACAAAUGCGGUUGGCAGGCCUCUUCCGACAAGGCCUUGGGAGAAUAAUAUCGGAAACAGCAGUUACGGAGGUAGAUACAAUUCUGGCAUGACGUAUAACUCUGGAUAUGGAUCAGGGAUGUAUAAUUCAAUUGGUGGGGGAUAUGGAGGAAUGAGCGGGGGUAUGUACGGUAGUAGCAUGUAUAGAGGGGGAAUUGGAGGGGGCAUUGGUGGAGGAUAUGGUGGCGGACUUUAUGGUUCUGGAAUGUAUGGUGGAGGAGGGAUGUACAAUAGUGGCUUGGGAGGAAGCAUGGGUGGUUAUGGAACGGGAAUGGGAAUGGGGAUGGGUGGUCCCUUCGGACCCCAAGAUCCCAAUAAUCCUCCUCCAUCCCCUCCUGGGUUUUGGAUUUCUUUUCUUCGUGUGAUGGAAGGAGUGGUAAAUUUUUUUGGACGGAUAUCUCUUCUUGUGGAUCAGAACACACAAGCUGUUCAUUUUUUCAUGUCUGCACUCUUACAGCUCUUCGACCGAGGUGGUAUGCUAUAUGGCGAAUUGGCCAGAUUUGUAUUUAGAAUUUUGGGGCUAAGAAGAAAAUCGAAUAAGAUUGGCCCUGCAGGCCCAAAUGGCCUUCCAUUGCCAGGACCAGACAUGCAGAAUGAUCAGAGACUCCUAGAGGGACCAAAAUCUGCACCUGCUGGCGCAUGGGAUAACGUAUGGGGCAAUGAUGCUAGAAGAUAAUGCAGGACUUUUUUUGCUCUAUGAUCUCAAUCUGGACUCUGCAGGAUGCUAGAGAGCGACAAAAGCCUCUCUCCUACACAGGGAAAUGAGUUAGAUUUUGGUACCAUUAUUUCUGCAAUUCUGUAUGUCUUGUAUAAUAGCUUGUUCAUUUUCUCUAUAUCUCAUUGAUGUAUAAAAUGUGCUAUAAAUGCUUUAAGCUACUACUUUGUUUGUGCUAUUGUGAUUGGCGCUCACUUUGAAGUUCCUACUCUGUAAUGGGAGUCUGAAGUAUUAUGAAUAAAGUUGUGUUCUUUGAAAAAAAAAAAUGCA